AUGCUGCCCAGCAGGGACAGAGCCGUGAGCAUGGUGGCCCGACAGAGUCCCGAGCCGCCUAUGGGCAGGCACAGGCCUGCUUCAGAGCUAACCCAGGAUAUUUCCCAUUUGUUGGCCAGCAUGUUUAAGAACAUGUAUACUUCAGAGGUUAUAGGAAAGGACACGGUAGAAAACAUGAUAAAGUCCCGUGGAGGAGACAAUGCCAGUCACGAGAAGUUUGUGGAAGAACUGCAAAAGGUCCAUACGGAAUAUAAGGACCGCAUGAUGGAAGCAGAAAUGUUAGAAAGGCACAUCAUUCAGGCAAGAGCUCGAGCAACUGCAGAAGAGGAGCGGGUUCUGGCCCUGAACAAGAUGAGUGUUCCAGAGGCGUACCAGAACAUUGGAUUGCCACCAGUGCAGUCUUCCUUCGAGAGGUGUGUGGAUGAUGAACUUCUUAAGAAGCACAAUUUAAUUGGCCCUGGAGAUUACAUCACCGACCCGAUACCCAUUACACAAGCACCGAAAGAUAAAUCUGAGCCUGGCUACUUGGGAGAAAACCUUAGUUUUAAACAACGUAUUUCUGAACAUGCAAUAUUUAAAGAAAGCAAACACGUAAAGAAAAUACUAGAUGCUCUGCCCGAAGUUUCUUUAUCAUCUGUCACGCUGGAGUCUUCAACUAGUGAGAUUCCAGAUCAAGUUCGGAGACCAUCCUGUAAGAAAUCUAGCCCCUCCCGAAAAUUAGCCUGGAAGAACGAUAUGCCCAAAACUGAAAGAGAUGAAGCCCGUGCUUAUCUGAAGAAACUUGACGAGCGCCAUAACUUCCUGAGAAACCCUCGUUUUUUCCCGCCUAACUCACUUCAUGGAGGCAAGUCCCUGAUUUGGCCACAAAAGAAGGUACAGCGAACGGUAGCGGGAAAACAAAGGACCGUGGUGGAAAGCAAUAUUGACCCUGUUCCGAUCUUUCUAUCAAAUCCUCCAGCUGUUUUGUUUUCUUAUUAUGAAGUCGGCCAAGUUUAUGAGAUGACCAUUGAGUUGCAGAACAUGACCUCAACAUCUCAGACUUUUAGAAUAAUCCCUCCAGCUACAUCCGCCUUUGCGAUUGGGUUGGGGAAAUUUCCAGGGGAAGGGGGAAUCGUUGCGCCUGGGAUGAGCUGUCACUACACGAUCCAGUUUAUGCCUGAACAUCUAGCAGGUUAUGAAGAUUACAUACUGGUAGAGACACAAUCGCCUUACCCACUCCUGAUCCCCUUGGAGGGCAGGAGACCACCUCCGAUCUUAACGUUGCCUCAGGUCUUAGAUUGCGGAGCCUGUCUUGUUGGUGGAUUAAAAUUUUCAGAGUUUCUGUGCAAAAAUGAAGGGGUUAGCAGCGGGAAGUUUUGCAUCAUGCCCAAGGCAAUGUGGCCACCUCCUCAGUUCCGGGCUGUUGCCAUGUUUGGUUUUGUGGAGCAAGAACCAUUUGGCAUCCAACCUGCUGUUUUUGAGCUGUUUCCGGGCCAGUCUGUCGUAAUGGAGACGGCGUUCUUCCCCAGUUUUCCCGGAGCGGCAUCAGUGACAUACAUCAUUGCUUGUGACAAUUGCCAGAUCAAUGAAAUUACUGUGACAGGGAUUGGGCAGCUGAUAAGCCUGCAGCUUUUAUCUGUCACUGGUGGAGAAGGCAGUGUUACCCCGGGAGAGCUCGUGGACAUUACUUCGCAGCACUUCGUGCGCUUCGAUUCCCUGAACCCCUAUUCCACAUCAGAGAAAACGCUGGUCAUAAGAAACGUGACCCACGUGGAUCUUCCUUUUUACUGGCAAAUAAUGAAACCUAACUUGCAGCCGGUGGUGUUGGAAGGAGACAAGGACCUCACCAAAAUCAAGUACAACUUAGAGACCGACUCGGCGUUCUCCAUAACUCCUGCCACAGGAGUUUUGCAACCUCACGCUGAUCACCCAUUUACACUCCGCUACUUUCCCCAAAAGCUAAAGGAAUAUCAUAGUGUGCUACAGAUUGUGCUGAAGAACAUCCCAGAACCACCUAGUCUGCAAAAACAGAAGGAAUGUGAAUAUGGAGAAAUCCAUGAAGAGGAUGUGAUUGCCCUGGAAAUAGACGUUAAAGGGCAGACGGAACCAUUUCAGCUCCUCUUAGCCCCGUACUCCAUUGUCAUCCCAGGAGAACACUACAUUGGUGUAAAUAUCCGGAGAAGCUUUAGGAUGCGUAACAACAGCAAAUCAUCAGUCAAGUUUACUUGGGGAAAAAUUAUCGAGUGCGACAUACUUCAAGUUGAACCUUAUACAGGAAAGCUAGGGCCAUAUGCAUUCCAGGACUUUGAGUUUGUUAUUACUGGAGGAAAACCUGGACAUUCCAUUCAUGACCUGCCCUGUAAAAUCAGACACUGUGCGGAGCCCGUUAUCUUACACGUGGAAGCUGAUUUUAAGGGGCCUGUUCUUUCCAUCAAUGUUCCGUCACUCAAUUUGGGCCUGAUUAAACUAGGAGAAGUUGUCAUGUGCAAGUUUGAGAUAACAAACCUCAGCCAGCUGCCAGGAAGGUGGAAACUUCAGGAAAGUCCUGCUUGCCUCGCCGAAAGGAAUGAAGAGGUCUCUCCAUUCACAGCUAAUCCAUCUAGCGGAGAAUUGUCCCCUCUUGGCAAUUGCAGCGUGUCAGUUUUGUUUAGAUCCUACAUCUGUCAAAGUCUUCAGACUGUGUUAGAGUUGGAAGUAGAAAAUGGGAAGGCAAGCCACAUUCCUGUUUUUGUGGAAGUUCAAACUCCCCGUGUGUGCCUGCUGUCAAGUAGCUUACACUUUGACGAGCUCUUCCUUGGAACUCCAGCAAGAGCAACAGUCGUGCUUUUUAACCAGAGGCUGCUGCCAGCACACUACGAAUGGGGGGAGCUCCUUGGAAGUCAGUCCUCUUCCUGCAUCGUCAGUAUCUCUCCAGAAAGUGGCCUUUUGGCUCCAAAUGAAGAGAAGGAAUUUUGUGUGGAACUAAUUGCUAACAGUAAGGAGGAGUUGACUGACCUUACCGUCAGCUGCUGCAUUGAAGAUAUGCUGGAGCCGCUCUUCCUGUCUAUUUCCGGUCAAGUAAAGGGACUGCAUAUCACAUAUGCCAUACCUUUUGAAAGAAAACAAAGUGUUUGGGAGCAACCGUCAGAGCCUCCUCUAGAACUCAUGCUAGACUUUGGGUCAGAAGUGCCCCUGAAGAGCGUGGUAAAACGGCAGCUGAUAAUCACCAAUCACACUGCGAUAGACGCUCCGUUCACAAUCGAGGCUGACUAUUUCAGCAGCUGUCCGCCUCCUUCAGAGGAACCUGGGUCAAAUGUCGUGGACAUGAUCAUGGAAAAGACAAAACGAGUAACAAGACAGAUUGCAAAGAGAAAACAAUCUGCCUUCAGAGCUGCCUUGCUGUCUCACGGGAAGGGGUUGGCGUUCCACGUGCAUCCCUCUGAAGGAACCAUGAAGGCCUUCCAGGAACUCACUGUAGAAAUCACAGCCUAUAACAACAUGUGGGGAGAAUACCAGGACAACCUCGUCUGUAAGGUUGGAGAUUUAGAGCCCAAGUUGAUCCCCGUGCAGAUAGCAGUGAAGGGCUGCCCGAUCUUCUUGCAGGUGACUGGACCGAACCAUUUUCUGCAAACACCUGUGGUCAGGUUUGGAGCUCACAUCUCUGGAGGGGACACGGUCUCACGCUACAUCCGCCUCAACAACCCAACGCCUUUUGACAUCCGCAUGGACUGGGAAAGUUAUAAUCAGGAUAAAGAUGAUGACAAACUGGUGGACCUCUUGGUGUUCUACGGAGCUCCUUUCCCAAUUAAAGACAUGGACGGCAAUGAGAUCGAAUCCCUCCGUGAGGAAAAAACGCCUACAGACCAGACGCCUUACGCCUCCAGCUGUACCACACCGACGUCAUACAGGGGAGGAUCAAAUCUGAACCCAAUUGCAGAGGUUGAUGAAGACGGAAGUAGCAGCGACGAGAGCGAAGAACUGCUGAUCUCUCAGAAAAUCAUUUCAGUGGUACUCCGGCCACACGAGGGAGUACCCUCGGACUACCCUUUCUGCAUAACUCCCAAGCAAAUUGUCAUCCCUGCAGGUGGCGCCGCAUCCAUCCGCAUUACCUUCACCCCGCUGAUGUUGCCGGAGAUCAUUAACAAGUUUGAAUGUGAAGGUUUCGCCCUUGGCUUCAUGAGUCUGGAUAGCGAGGAUGUUCAGGAAAUCCCCGGGAAAGUGACCCGUGCCGACGGCCAUGGCGUUCCCCCUUUGAGGAUAGACCUGCAAGCGUUUGUGAAGCCUGCGUUGUUAACUGUGGAAACAGAUCACGAGCACGGGCUGGAGUUUCAUGCGCUAGCAAGUAGUCUCAUCCCAGACGAGCCUUGCAAAGGCGUUUUAACAGAUGCAGCUACUACCAUCAACCUAAAACUCACCAACAAUACGGAAACUCCUCUGCAUUUUAAACUCAUUCUAACACCACCCUUCUCCAUAUCUGGAGUGGAUCCCAAAAAGAGCCUGGUGACACCUCACAGGGACAGUGGAGAAAACCAGAUUAUACUCUGUGCGUUACAAAAUAUGCUGGUGAAGGUAUCAUUCCACACAACCUUGGAGUUACUGACCUACCAGCAUCUUCCGGAUGACCAGAUGUUUUCUGGGCUUCAAGUGCUCCAGGGUGAAAAGGGAGACAAAAUCCUGGAGUUUAAGAAAGAUCUGCUCAUUGAAUACGGCAACAAAGCAACACAGGUCCUGCCCAUGACCGCCUACCUGACCGUUCCUGUCCUAGAGCUCUCUCGUGAAUCAAUUGACUUUGGAACCUGCUUGGUUAACCAAACGAGGUGUGAAGCCGUCCUUCUGAUGAACAAGGGCGGAUGCAGGAGCUACUGGGCAGCUUUGCUGGAAGAAGCCGGACGACACAGCGAGCCAGAGGUGUUUUCCAUCUCCCCGAGUAACGGCAUUCUGGAAGCGCACUGUGGUGGCUUUGCGACCAAAACACACCUGGUGGUCCAUUUCACAGCAAGAGAUGAUGUAGACUACGAAACGACGGUGAUGGUGGUGGGGAUGCUGGGGGAGAAGCCCUGCAAUCUGCACGUCCGAGGCAAAGGCUCUCACGAUGAGAAGUAUGAAGCAAGGCGCCAGUCGUAACAGCCCAACUGCUCUCAGGCAGCCAGCAGAAAGCUGCUAGCGCCAGUUUAAAACCCUAUUCCAUGUAGCCUUGACUGCUGGAAGAAUGGCUUCCAAAAAACUCAACGGUCAAAUGAUGGACCAGGUUUUAUAACAAAGACCAGCUUUCCCUACAAAAUGGCUGGCUCCUUCUAACGUCCUGUGCAAUCCCAAAGGGCUGCUUCGGCACGUCUGCUCAGAUCUUCUCAGCAGGCCAAGGCAAGGAGCCGCAGCUUAUUCCUCCGUAUUUGGGAAUUUGCACACGGGCUGAAGCUCUUCUCCCCUAACUAUAUGGGCACAGGGAAAGCCCAAACUUUAAUCUGUUCAAAAUUUUUAUUCAAAGUGAAAUACUGACAGAGCUGUGCUGAGGGAACACCCACUGGGAUUUCUGAGGCUUCUCUGA